AUUGUUAAAAAUAUCCUAGACUCGCAACUCGAAAAAAAUUCCAACCAAGCUUCAAUAGGGUUUCUCUAGAGAACUUGUGGCGGCUCACUUCCAGCACCUCCUGGGUAUCAAUCCUUCAUGGAUCUAAGCUCCUAGGCUAUCCUAGACCUUUCUGUUUGCAACUUGUGUGCACUUUGGGCUAACAUCUACAACAUGGACAAGUGGAAAGAAAACCCACUUACGAAAGAAGAAGAAGAGGAAAUAGUAGUUGAUGACACUGUAGCAUGUGAAGAUGAAUCAUUCAAACGCUCUUUGGUUGGGAAACUAUGGACAGAGGACCACUUCAACGUCCGUAUCUUCAAGCAAGUGGUCAGCCAGUCUUGGAGAUUGAAGAAUCCGGUGGAGAUUCAAGAUCUCAGUAAAAAUUUAUUCCUUUUCCGUUUCACAAGUAAGCGAGAUCUUGAAAUGGUUCUACGAAACGGACCGUGGAGCUUCGACAGGAACCUGGUUAUUUUGAAGCGAAUCUCAGGUGAGGAACAACCUUCUGAUCUAGAAAUGUUUACCGCUGAGUUUUGGGCCAGAAUCUAUGACCUUCCCCUGAAAUUAAGAUCUGAUGCUAUGGCCUUGAGGCUCGGUAAUACGAUAGGCCAAUUUGUUGAAGCGGACAGCAAAGAUGGACACAGAUUGGGGAAGUUUCUUAGGGUUAAAGUGUCUAUUGACCUUAGGAAACCCCUCAAAAGAGGUACUGUUUUAAACUACCAAGGAAAGAGGCUUCAUGUCUUUUUCAAAUAUGAAAGACUCCCAAACUUUUGUUAUAUGUGCGGAAGAAUUGGGCACCAAAUGAAGGACUGUGAGGAGGUUGAAGGUAAUGAAGAGGAUGGCUAUGAAGACAUAGAAGAGAAAGAGUUACCAUAUGGAUCAUGGCUUAAAGCUUCCCCUCUUCCAAAAAUUAGUGGGGACAUAAAGAAGGAACAAAGCUCCAGCUCUUGUAGUAAAAGUCUCUUUGGGGAAACUAGUACCAGCAAAGUUGGCUCUAAGGAAGGCUUGGGAAAGGGAUUGGAGAUAGAGGUGGUAAGUUCAUUGAAAAAGUCUAAUGUGGUGGGCGAGAUUGAUGAAAUAGAAGAAACAAAUAGGGGAAAAGAUCAAAAAGAGGUUGAAUGUGUUGCAGAGUCUCUUGGUAAUGUAGCCAUUUCAACCCCAAAAAUGGCCACUUUUGAUAUUGGAUCCCAUACUAAACAGAAAACUCCUGCCAAAGCUCCAAGGAAAUGGUCAAGAAAGAAAGGUGCAAGAAAAGCUAAGGAACCAGAUCAGACCCAACUGAUUGCUGAUUUGGGAAAACGUCAACUAGUUGAAGUGGUUAUUUCUGAAGGACAUCCAGAAGCUAUUCUAGGGGGUGAAAAAAAGAGAAGACAAGAAGUGGAGAUGAUUGACACAAACUUAACCGAACAAAAGGUGGUGUUGGCGGGCCAACACCGCCUAGACCAAUGAGGGCCUUAAGUUGGAACUGUCGGGGUUUGGGGAAUCCCCGGUCAGUUCGAGCCUUGUCAAGGCUCAUCAAACUUGAAAAUCCCCAUUUGGUUUUCUUGAUGGAAACCAGGUUAAAAGUAGAUGAAAUGGAGAGAAUAAAGAUCAAGUGCGGCUUCAGUUCGUGUCUAUCAGUGGCGUGCACUGGGAGCGGCAGAGACAGAGCGGGUGGAAUUUCUUUGCUGUGGCAAGACCAGGUGGUACCACUGGUUGGGGACUGGUUUGUCUCGACGGAUCUGCUGCUGUUCGAGCUUCGGCAUGCCUUUUUGACAACAUUGAAGUUGAGCCGUUAGUGGCGGAAGCUUUGGGUGUUCGUUGGUGCCUACA